AUGGGUAGAUCCAAUGAACAAGAUCUACUCUCUACCGAGAUCGUUAACCGUGGGAUUGAACCUUCUGGUCCUAACGCCGGUUCACCGACGUUCUCGGUCAGGGUCCGGAGACGUUUGCCUGAUUUUCUUCAAUCGGUGAAUUUGAAGUACGUGAAGCUUGGUUACCAUUACCUCAUAAACCAUGCGGUUUACUUGGCGACCAUACCGGUUCUUGUGCUUGUGUUUAGUGCUGAGGUUGGGAGUUUAAGCAGAGAAGAGAUUUGGAAGAAGCUUUGGGAUUAUGAUCUCGCAACUGUCAUCGGUUUCUUCGGUGUAUUUAUCUUAACCGUGGCUGCCUACUUCAUGUCUCGUCCUCGCUCUGUUUAUCUCAUUGAUUUCGCUUGUUACAAGCCUUCCGAUGAACUCAAGGUGACAAACGAAGAGUUCAUAGACCUAGCUCGAAAAUCAGGGAAGUUCGACGAAGAGACCCUCGGAUUCAAGAAUAGGAUCUUACAAGCCUCAGGUAUAGGCGACGAGACGUACGUCCCAAGAUCCAUCUCUUCGACAGAAAACAUAACAACGAUGAAAGAAGGUCGUGAAGAAGCCUCGAUGGUGAUAUUCGGAGCACUAGACGAGCUUUUCGAGAAGACACGUGUCAAACCGAAAGAUGUAGGUGUCCUUGUGGUCAACUGCAGCAUCUUUAACCCAACUCCUUCACUAUCUGCAAUGGUGAUUAACCAUUACAAGAUGAGAGGGAACAUACUUAGCUACAAUCUUGGAGGAAUGGGUUGCUCUGCAGGAAUCAUAGCCGUUGAUCUUGCUCGUGACAUGCUUCAGUCAAACCCGAAUAGUUACGCUGUGGUUGUGAGUACCGAGAUGGUUGGGUAUAAUUGGUACGUGGGACGUGACAAGUCAAUGGUUAUACCUAAUUGUUUCUUUAGGAUGGGUUGCUCAGCCGUUAUGCUCUCGAAUCGCCGCCGUGACUUCCGUCACGCUAAGUACCGUCUCGAGCACAUUGUCCGGACUCAUAAAGCUGCGGACGACCGUAGCUUCAGGAGUGUAUACCAGGAAGAAGAUGAACAAGGAUUCAAGGGGUUGAAAAUAAGCAGAGAUUUAAUGGAAGUUGGAGGUGAAGCUCUCAAGACCAACAUCACUACUUUAGGCCCACUAGUCCUCCCUUUCUCUGAGCAGCUUCUCUUCUUUGUGGCUUUGCUCCGUCGAACUUUCUCACCUGCGGCGAAAACCACAAUCUCCUCUGCCACCGCCAAAACCAACGGAGCAAAGCCGUCCUCCUCUGAUCUGUCCAAGCCAUACAUUCCGGACUACAAGCUAGCCUUUGAGCACUUCUGCUUCCACGCAGCAAGCAAAACAGUGCUUGAGGAGCUUCAGAAGAAUCUAGGCUUGAGCGAAGAGAACAUGGAGGCUUCUAGGAUGACUUUACAGAGGUUUGGAAACACUUCUAGCAGUGGAAUCUGGUAUGAGCUAGCUUACUUGGAGGCCAAGGAAAGUGUCCGUAGAGGUGAUAGGGUUUGGCAGAUUGCGUUUGGGUCGGGUUUCAAGUGUAACAGUGUGGUUUGGAAGGCAAUGAGGAAGGUGAAGAAGCCUGCUAUGAACAAUCCUUGGGUGGAUUGCAUCAACCGUUACCCUGUGCCUCUCUGA